GUAUCAGACUCUUCCCCAGGUCGUCGGCCCAUAAGCAUGUCCACAGAUGACAGUAUCUCUGAGGAUGUGUCCAGCCUGAGCCACUGCCAUGCCGAUGCCAACGGGGGAGGGGCCAAGGAGAGUGAGUCCUCAGAGGGCACCUCAGCAGCCUCAGGCCUGGGGCUGGGGCUUGGGUUGGGGCUAGCCAGGCCAGAGGAAUGCAAUGCCACCUCCAAGACUGCAGGGGGAGCCGUGGAUGGGAGAGCUGAUGACAUCACCCCAGUAUGCAGCCUCCCCCACAAGAUCAGGUGUGUGGAGAGAGACUGUGCUCUCUGACUGGAGGUGUCAGUGUAGGAGGUAUGGAAAGUGGGCUUCAUAGAGUACAAUCCAACCUAGGCCCUUGUCCUAACUCCUGUGUGUUGUGUUCCUCAGGAGUCUGUGUCUGAGUACGGAGGAGGCCUUUGGGUCUGGGAAGUGUCUCCCCUUCAUCAACCCCUCUUCCCUGGAGACCCUCAGGGCCCUGGUCCAGGAGAUCCAGAGUAGUGGGGAGACUGACCCGGAAAUGUGGAAGGACUGUGAGGUAGGAGUGUGUCUGUUUGUCAGUGUUGGUGUGUAACUGCAAAAUAGAUGGACAACACAGACAGACACGGAUAUAUAGGAUACCUUGUAUUUAGUGUGGAAGGACUGCCAAGUAGUAAUACAGCAAUUGAUAGAGAAAUGUCCAUGGUAGUUUGUUUUUCAGAGAAGUGUGUGUUCUUGGAACUUCUCCCCGUAAAGGUUGGGGUUUAGCUGGCAUGGUCAUUAUUCUCCUGGCAGCCUCUUCUCUCCGCUGUCGCUUCUGCUGUCCCUGUGGAUCUCAGCUGACAGCACACAAAGAUACAUACACACAAUUGGUCCCCAGACUGCACACAUCACACCACUGCAGCUGAUCUCUUCAGACACGGGAGAUGAUUUGUGGGGAACAGGCAACUGUGAUGCAGCAGUGCCAUCUCAUCUCACACACAGAGGAAAACACACUGGGGAGAUAGAUAGUAGUGUAUUCCCCAGCUUUGAAUACAGGGAUCUUUCUCAAUUGUCUUAAUGACCUCCUGCCCUUGUCUCCUGUUGUUCAUCUUUCCUGAUCUAAAAAACACAGGCUAGAUUUCACUUGUCUAGUUUAGACUAUUGAGAUGCAGCCCAGGUCUGUUAUUGUACCCUGAAAUAUUUGUUUUUUUACUGCUUAUGAAUAACAGCAGAGUCUCAAAAAGGGAAUCUGAUCAUUUUUUAUGGGCUGUAAUAUCAGGUGCAUACCCCCCUCCCUGAGUGCAUGGCAUAGUACAACGUUUUCCCCUUUCUCACGCCGUAACUGGAGCACAGCUGCUUCCGGGUGCACCUCCCCCACACACACAGACCCCUGCUGCGAGCCUAACUCACAGCUGUCACUAUUCUACCCUCCAAUCAUAACAUUUGACUAUUUGCCAUAUUCAAAUUCACACUGGACACCCAUACCUCCAAUAACAAAUAUUUCCAAAGGCUUCCAAUGCUAUGUAUUGUGUUAUGGUUUACAGACCUAAUGUUGAAGAUGUGUACGUGUGUUUGUUGAACAGGGCCGAUGGCUGCAUCUGUUUCAGCUAGUAGAGAAACAAUACCAAGAGCAGAUCCUGGCUCAGCAAGAACAGUACCAGUGCCAAAUACAGGUCUGUACUACUAUACUACUGUGUGUGACCAGUGCCAAAUAAAGCUCUGAACUAUACUUGGCCUGUUCUAGAAUCCCUGAUGAUGCAUGUAAUGAUGCCUGUUUACACUGUGAUUGUUUUCCUCCUCCAGCUGAUUCAGGAUGAGAUCAAAGCCUUGGUUCAGCUCCAGAACCGCCAGACCAGCACACAGACGCACCACGAUUACCCAUAUACCCCUACUGCUACCACUAACACACAGACACAUCACGAUUACCCAUAUACCCCUACUGCUACCACUAACACACAGACGCACCACGAUUACCCAUCUACUCUGUCUACUGUCACACAGACACACCCAGACUACACCUCUUCCCCUGUUGUUACUACCAAGGACUACCCUUCACCUCCCACUCCCAACCCAAACCAUCCCUCAACCCCCACGGACCUUCCCAAUGGGAACUCUCCCCUCUCUGCUCCCCCCACCUCCCUCUUUGUCCCCCAACCCAUUUUGAGCGCCACCUCCCCUCUACCCCUAACCCCUCGGCCAGGGCCGGUCACCCCAGGAGAGAUGUGUGCUGAGGGGGCAGGGACGGUGCUAUGCAGUGGGUACGGGGCCCUGUCGGCCUGGGGCUCAGGGCUGGAAGGGACAGGGACUCCGGGUGGAGCAGAGGAGACAGGCCGGGUGGGAGAGGAGCCUAGCUGGUCCCUUCACCUCCAGGACAACACAGAGACCACUCUGAUUGGCCAGGAGGGUCAGCAGAGGAGCGCCUCAGCCAAUGAGGUGGCUCCUAGAGCCAAUCCUAGUCCACCACCUGAGCAGCAGAGAACCUCCAGCCAGUUGCUGACCUCCUGGGCUCAAAGACAGAGACGCAGCAAACCCAAGAAGAGCAGGGCAGGGCAGGCCCAACCUCCCCAGGCCUCCCCCUCACCCCUCCUGGCCCCGUCCCUGGGCCAGACCGGCCCUCAGACCUCUUCCCCCCAGGAGCAGCAGCCCAGCCCCAGGAAGAGCCCCAGAGACAGCCCCCUGGACAACACUGACCUCCAGAACCAGGUACGCCUAGCACCAGACAACACAAACCUGCCUGUUCCAUUUGAAUUUAUAGUAGCUGGAUAAAAUGAUGUAAAACUCUUUGGAUUACUAGAGUCAGUAUAGUGCUCUGGCAUUUUGUUAUACCACCAUGUAUUUUGUCUGUGUGUGUCACUGUUAUGGAGCGAUUUCAGUGCCAACAGAAAUUGUAUUUGAAUUUCAUAAUUUUGAAUUUGUAUUAGGAUAUUGAAUUUGAAUGUAAUAUUUUUGAAUGUUUAAUGCACAAAUUGAAUCAUUGAAUUCAUAAAUUGAACUUGUAUUUCAUGAUUUGAAACGGAAUUGAAUGAAUAUUGCAUUCAGUUUUCAAAGGUAAUUUAAUAUUUUUAUAUUCAGUUUCAAUAUAGUAGAUAUUGCAUUCAAUGUCUGUGUAUCAAGUUUACAAACCAUCAUUUCAAGUUAAUCAAAGUUUCAUAUAUUCAACUUCUCAUGCAUUCAGAUUCAGUUUUCAAAUUCAGUUCUCUAAAUUCAGAUUCAAAACCAGAGACAACAUCCUGGUACUUUGCCAGCCAGGAAAGGUAGAAGAGAACAGAUAGAAUCAAACACUCUCUGUGCUAAACAGAAGCUUCUGCCGGAUUCUGAAGCCAAUGUGGCAUGUUUAAUUUAUUUUCUUCCUAUGAAUUUGGCUCUAGCGUUUGAAAUAUUAUGACCCCAUUCCUGAAAGCUAAGACUCUCUGGAACAUGGAUGUGCUUUCUGUUCUCCUCUAUGAUGAUCACAGGCCACUUUAGAAGGGAGUGUCACAAAAAUAAUUUGGCCCCCAUAAGAAUACAGUUGAAUAGCCCUGUCAUAGCCCUUCUAAGGAUAGCCUUUCCGCUCUCUAUUUAAUCUUGCUCUUGUGACUGACUGGGUUCGAACCAGGUCUCCUGCAUGUCACAAGACUGUGUUAGCCCACUUAGAUAAAGCCCAUAGGGAUUAGUUCAGGAAUCUAACACAAGUGUUUAAGUCUCCAGCAAGGUUCAACGAACCACCUGGGUUACAUUUCACCUCCCUUUGACCUCAUACUCAGAGAUCACGGCACCAAUAUAACUGACUGGGUUCUAAGUCAGGCCUCCUGCACAACAACAACACUUUCAGUGGGCAAACAGAAGCAGAAGGAUCUGUGCACCCCAUUUCAUGAGAGUGCAACAGAGGUGGUUUGGUGAUCCAUCCAUGUGAGUAGUAGCCUUGUUACCAGACCUAUUACUGCGUGUAGAGAACCAUUCAUGUAAGCUUGCGAGAUCAGCCUGCUCGCGAGGCUAUGUGAUGAGCAUGAAAAUGUGUUAGUUUGACUGAUGGGGUUCUAACCCAGGUCUCCUGUGCGCCAGACAAUGCAACUUUUCAGGUCUCAGACAAGUUACUCAUCACACAAGCGUGGCCACCGAACCACCUGUGUUACACUUCACCCCCCUUUGAACUCCUCCUUGAAGAGACCCAUCCAAGUCACAGGACCAAUGCCUAGGCUUUAGCUCAACAGGCUAACACAGUCUUAAUGUUAACCGUAUAAUGACUACCCUUGUAUAAUGACUACCCUUGUAUAAUGACUACCCUUGCCGGAGACUUGAAACCAGGGGUGGACUGGGACCAAAAAUCGGCCCUGGCAUUUCUAGCACACUGGCCAAUCCUUUCCUUAAGGUCCCCACACCGGCCUAUUCUUUUCCUCCAGGCCCCCACAUUGGGCCCAUUAUUUUCCUUAAGGCCUCCAUUAUUAGCCAAAGAAUGAUAAUUUUGCGCAAAAAGUUAAACAGGCCCACUGGGCUAAAAAUGGACCAGCCCAUCUGGCAUUUGCCCGAAAUGCCAGAUGGCCAAUCCGCCCCUGCUUGAAAUUAGACUAUGUCUAACACAAAAUAACACCUCAACCUAACACAUCUCCAGGUCUCAGGCAAGGUUCUCAUCACAUAAGCAUGGCUCACCAAACCACGCCAGUAACCUUGCUGGAUCUUGAAGACUUGUAUUAGUGUAGCAGAUGGGGAUCAGUGAAACUCACUCCUCAGCCUGAAGUGUCGCCCCUUGCGCAAUUGAAGGCCUUUUUUAAUAGCACGAUGGGUUGAAAUGCUUCAGGAGGGUGAUAACGUGUGUCUCCGUAUGAGCUGAAUCAGGGGGAAGCGGUACUCGCUAAGCAGGCCGCAUGCCGUCCUUUACAAUGCUGUCACUGGACUCCAAUUGGCUCAUUCAUCCCCCCUCCUCUCCCCUGUAACUAUUCCCCAGGUCGUUGUUGUAAAUGAGAAUGUGUUCUCAGACAACUUACCUGGUAAAAUAAGGGUAUAAAAAAAAAAUAAUGCGCUGGUUCAACCACUGUGUGAGUUCGGGAGGUGAAUGUAGCAGAUGGGGGAUCUGUGAAACUCAUUCAUCAGCCUGAAGGCCUUUUUCAAUAGCGCGGUGGGUUAUAACGCUUCAUAGCCAAAAUGGUUCAAAUGCUAGAGCCAAAUUCAUUGGAAGAAAAUAAAUUAAACAUGCCACAUUGGCUUCAGGAACCGCCAGUGAGUAUUUGAUUCUAUCUGUUCUCCUCUACCUUUCCUGGCUGGGAAAGUACCAGGAUGUUGUCUCUGGUUUUGAGUCUGAAUUUAGAAAACUGAAUUUGAAAACUGAAUCUGAAUGCAUAUGAGAAGUUAACUAUAUGAAACUUUGAUAAACUUUGAGAUGAUUGUUUAUAAACUACAAUGAACGCAAUAUCUACCAUAUUGAAAUUGAUUCUAUAAAUAUUGAACUUGAAUAUUUAAUGAAAUAGAAAUUGCAUUUUAAAACUGAAUGCAAUAUUCAAUCAAUUAAGUUUAAAAUCAUGAAAUAGAAGUUCAAUUUCUGAAUUCAAUGAUUCAAUUUGUGCAUUACAAAUAAAAAAUUAUAGAAUUAAAAUAUAAUUUCUGUUGGCACUGAAAUGGCCCCAUACACUGUGUCUGCCCUGCUUUAUAUGGGUCACAGUCAGUAUAAACAGGAUUCCAUGUGGGGAAGCAUUUAGAAAAGGAUAAGAUUAAGGAUUUGAGUAAGCUUUGGGUUUCAUUCUCUCCUCUCUCUCCUCUCUUCGUUUCAUCUCUCUCUGUUUUCAGCAUGGGUGGGCUGCUCCCUCCACCAACUCCUUCCCUCUGAGGAGGAGUGACAGCCUCAUGUCUGAGGCCUCAGGUAACAACAUAACAAACACACAGCUCUUUUUAUUCUUAUUCAAAUAAGCUGUUCCAACACAUGGUUUCUGUUUUAAUAGUUGUAACAAAGGCACGCCAAGUAGAAUGUUGGUGUUUUAUUAAUUAAUUCCUUUUUUUACAUAUAGCCUACGGUAAACAAAUUAAAAUGCUAUUUUGUUAUUUAAAAUGAAUAAAAUAUGAUUCUAAUGUUACCUAACACCUUCAUGAACACAACCAAAUGAUUAUUUUACAGAUAGCAUAUAUGAAAUGUAUUAAUUACACUGUUAGAAUGUUGCAGUCAGAAUGACUGCUCUUUAGCAUGAAACGUGGUCCCUCGAGGCCCAGCGGUUCUAGUGUUAAACAGUGGCCUACAUACUUGCUUUUGUCACCUUAUUGAAUCACACUGUUGCCUUUGCUGCAACAGCAGUUCUGAAACGCUAUAAUGCUAAGUGCUUGUAGUAAUGUAGUUCUAAAGCGGUAUAGUACUGAGGCUGUUAUAAUGUAGUAAGACGUAGCUGCUUGUCCUUCAGGUCUGACAUACUGGCGUCUGGAUGAGAGUGAGCUCUACCGGCCUCUACCUAACAGCUUUGACAGUGGAGCCUACCUCCUGCUGCAGGAGGCCUCUAUCAGUCUGGUAGGUGAAUGACAAAAGGACAAUCCAAACUUGUUCCACCUAAAUACAGUGUUUGUUUUCAUUGUGCUGAAAAAGUUAGUCUCUUCAUCAUUUGCAUUAGGGGAAUCCCACAAUAUGAGGAGACAUUUCCAGACCUCAAUCCCAAGUAAAUAAAAAGUAAAUUGCAAAUAAUAAUCUCCCUCCAUUGUAUUAGUUGUUGAGUGUGUCUCUGUGUCUCCCAGACCUCUCCAGAGUGUGUGUUGUUGUUCUGACAGUGUCUGUCUCCAUCUUCUUCCUUCAGACCUCUCCAGAGUGUGUGGUGUUGUUCUGACAGUGUCUGUCUCCAUCUUCCUCCUUCAGACCUCUCCAGAGUGUGUGGUGUUGUUCUGACAGUGUCUGUCUCCAUCUUCCUCCUUCAGACCUCUCCAGAGUGUGUGUUGUUGUUCUGACAGUGUCUGUCUCCAUCUUCCUCCUUCAGACCUCUCCAGAGUGUGUGGUGUUGUUCUGACAGUGUCUGUCUCCAUCUUCCUCCUUCAGACCUCUCCAGAGUGUGUGGUGUUGUUCUGACAGUGUCUGUCUCCAUCUUCCUCCUUCAGACCUCUCCAGAGUGUGUGUUGUUGUUCUGACAGUGUCUGUCUCCAUCUUCCUCCUUCAGACCUCUCCAGAGUGUGUGUUGUUGUUCUGACAGUGUCUGUCUCCACCUUCCUCCUUCAGACCCUCUCCAAGUGUGUUGUUGUUCUGACAGUGUCUCGCUCCAUCUUCGCUCCCUUCAGACCUCUCCAGAGUGUGUGUUGUUGUUCUGACAGUGUCUGUCUCCAUCUUUUCCUCCUUCAGACCUCUCCAGAGUGUGUGUGUUGUUCUGACAGUGUCUGUCUCCAUCUUCCUCCUUCAGACCUCUCCAGAGUGUGUGUGUUGUUCUGACAGUGUCUGUCUCCAUCUUCCUCCUUCAACCUCUCCAGAGUGUGUGUGUUGUUGUUCUGACAGUGUCUGUCUCCAUCUUCCUCCUUCAGACCUCUCCAGAGUUGUGUGUGUUGUUCUGACAGUGUCUGUCUCCAUCUUCCUCCUUCAGACCUCUCCAGAGUGUGUGGUGUUGUUCUGACAGUGUCUGUCUCCAUCUUCCUCCUUCAGACCUCUCCAGAGUGGUGUGGUGUUGUUCUGACAGUGUCUGUCUCCAUCUUCCUCCUUCAGACCUCUCCAGAGUGUGUGGUGUUGUUCUGACAGUGUCUGUCUCCAUCUUCCUCCUUCAGACCUCUCCAGAGUGUGUGUUGUUGUUCUGACAGUGUCUGUCUCCAUCUUCCUCCUUCAGACCUCUCCAGAGUGUGUGGUUGUGUUCUGACAGUGUCUGUCUCCAUCUUCCUCCUUCAGACCUCUCCAGAGUGUGUGGUGUUGUUCUGACAGUGUCUGUCUCCAUCUUCCUCCUUCAGACCUCUCCAGAGUGUGUGGUGUUGUUCUGACAGUGUCUGUCUCCAUCUUCCUCCUUCAGACCUCUCCAGAGUGUGUGGUGUUGUUCUGACAGUGUCUGUCUCCAUCUUCCUCCUUCAGACCUCUCCAGAGUGUGUGGUGUUGUUCUGACAGUGUCUGUCUCCAUCUUCCUCCUUCAGACCUCUCCAGAGUGUGUGUUGUUGUUCUGACAGUGUCUGUCUCCAUCUUCCUCCUUCAGACCUCUCCAGAGUGUGUGGUGUUGUUCUGACAGUGUCUGUCUCCAUCUUCCUCCUUCAGACCUCUCCAGAGUGUGUGGUGUUUGUUCUGACAGUGUCUGUCUCCAUCUUCCCUCCUUCAGACCUCUCCAGAUGUGUGGUGUUGUUCUGACAGUGUCUGUCUCCAUCUCCUCCUUCAACCUCUCCAGAGUGUGUGUGUUGUUGUUCUGACAGUGUCUGUCUCCAUCUUCCUCCUUCAGACCUCCCAGAGUGUGUGGUGUUGUUUCUGACAGUGUCUGUCUCCAUCUUCCUCCUUCAAAGUGUCUGUCUCCAUCUUUCCUUCAGCCUCUCAGAGUGUGGUUUGUUCUACGGUCCUUUCUCCAUCUCCUCCUCAGCCUCAGUCCCAAGUGUCGUGUUGUCGACAGUGUCUGCUCCAUCUCCUCCUUCAACCUCUCCAAUGUGUUGUGUUUCUACAGUGCUGUCUCCAUCUCCUUCCCUUCAGACCCUCCAGGUGGUGUUUGUUCGACAGGUCUGUCUCCAUCUUCCCCUUCAGACCUCUCCGAUGGUGUGUCUGUCGACAGUGUCUGUCUCCAUCUCCUCCUCCAAGACCCUCCAAGUGGUUUUCGCAGUGUCUGCUCCACCUUCCUCUUAACCUCUCCAGAGUGUGUGGGGUGUUCUACAUGUCGCUCCACUUCCUCUUCAACCUCCCAAGUUUGUGUUGUUCUACGUCGUCCCAUCUCCCCUCAGACUCUCCAAUGGUUGUGUUCGACAGUGCGUCUCCACCCCCUCAGACUCUCCAGAGGUGUGGUUCAGGCCCAUCACCUGCAGCCCAACGUCCCACACAUGUCACACACACACACACACACACACACACACACACCACACACACACCACACACACACACACACACACACACACACACUAGCUCGAUCCCUUCUCUCUGCUCCUUUCUCUGUUUAAGGUGUUAACUCUAGAUCCCACCGUUCACCUCCGUCAGUCAGACCGGACCUCCGGCUUCACCUCGCCCUCCCACUUCAGCAGCCCGUCCUACCCCACCCAGCCGCACCUCUACCCCCGCGUUGGCACCCCCUGUACCCCCGUCAGCCCAGACAGCAUGGCCGAGGGCAGUGCCAACCCCGGGGACACAGACUGCACCUCCAACACCUCCAGCCUCUCUGCCGCCGCACUUACUCCAGCCAGGGUGGCCUCUGCUCGGAUAAAACCGGCCCCGUCUACCCUCUCUACCUCCAAGCCCCUGGUGCUCCCCAGCAGCCAGCAGCGCAAGGCCUUGGCCAAUCAGGCCAGCGAGGAGGAGGGGAGCCACACACACACCAGCACCCUGAAGCAACUGGCUGUGUCUGGGAGGCAGACGCACUCACACACACUCUCCCAGGGCAGCCCUCAUAUGGAGAAAGCGGCGUCGCUGGAAGACCCUGUGGUCGUCUCUCUGUGAGUGGCCAGAAGCUGGCUAUGUUUUUCUAUAUUGAGCCACGCUAAUAUUACUGAGGCCAUAUACCAGAGGAACUAGCAGUAGAAUAACCCAUGUAACUGAUACAUACUGAGCACUAGCAGUAGAAUAACCCAUGUAACUGAUACAUACUGAGCACUAGCAGUAGAAUAACCCAUGUAACUGAUACAUACUGAGCACUAGCGGUAGAAUAACCCAUGUAACUGAUACAUACUGAGCACUAGCAGUAGAAUAACCCAUGUAACUGAUGCAUACUGAGCACUAGCAGUAGAAUAACCCAUGUAAUUGAUGCAUACUGAGCACUAGCAGUAGAAUAACCCAUGUAACUGAUGCAUACUGAGCACUAGCAGUAGAAUAACCCAUGUAACUGAUACAUACUGAGCACUAGCGGUAGAAUAACCCAUGUAACUGAUGCAUACUGAGCACUAGCAGUAGAAUAACCCAUGUACUGAUGCAUACUGAGCACUAGCAGUAGAAUAACCCAUGUAACUGAUGCAUACUGAGCACUAGCAGUAGAAUAACCCAUGUAACUGAUGCAUACUGAGCACUAGCAGUAGAAUAAUCCAUGUAACUGAUGCAUACUGAGCACUAGCAGUAGAAUAACCCAUGUAACUGAUGCAUACUGAGCACUAGCAGUAGAAUAACCCAUGUAACUGAUGCAUACUGAGCACUAGCAGUAGAAUAACCCAUGUAACUGAUGCAUACUGAGCACUAGCAGUAGAAUAACCCAUGUAACUGAUGCAUACUGAGCACUAUCAGUAGAAUAAUCCAUGUAACUGAUGCAUACUGAGCACUAGCAGUAGAAUAACCCAUGUAACUGAGCACUAGCAGUAGAAUAACCCAUGUAACUGAUGCAUACUGAGCAACUAGCAGUAGAAUAACCCAUGUAACUGAUGCAUACUUGAGCACUAGCAGUAGAAUAACCCAUGUAACUGAUGCAUACUGAGCACUAGCAGUAGAAUAACCCAUGUAACUGAUGCAUACUGAGCACUAGCAGUAGAAUAACCCAUGUAACUGAUGCAUACUGAGCACUAGCUGUAGAAUAACCCAUGUAACUGAGCACUAGCAGUAGAAUAACCCAUGUAACUGAUGCAUACUGAGCACUAUCAGUAGAAUAAUCCAUGUAACUGAUGCAUACUGAGCACUAGCAGUAGAAUAACCCAUGUAACUGAGCACUAGCAGUAGAAUAACCCAUGUAACUGAUGCAUACUGAGCACUAGCAGUAGAAUAACCCAUGUAACUGAUGCAUACUGAGCACUAGCAGUAGAAUAACCCAUGUAACUGAUGCAUACUGAGCACUAGCAGUAGAAUAACCCAUGUAACUGAUGCAUACUGAGCACUAGCAGUAGAAUAACCCAUGUAACUGAUGCAUACUGAGCACUAGCUGUAGAAUAACCCAUGUAACUGAGCACUAGCAUUAGAAUAACCCAUGUAACUGAUGCAUACUGAGCACUAGCUGUAGAAUAACCCAUGUAACUGAUGCAUACUGAACACUAGUCAUUUCCUUCUUUCGCCUCCUACCAUUCACUCUCUUCCCAAUCAUCCUCCUCUUUUCCCUUCUUCCUAUCCUCCUCUCUUUCUCCAGGCUGAGAGAGAAGCUGAGGGAGAAACACUCUCGUCAUGUAGCUGAUCUGAAGGCUUACUACGAGGCAGAGAUCAAAGUCCUCCGAGACAAACUGGACCUGAGAGACCUGCCUCACGACCUAGAGCAGAGCAACCACACACUCAGACAGAGGUGUGUGUGUGUGUUGUGUGUGUGUGUGUGUGUGUGUAUUACUAUCCCCGUGGGCACUGGAAGUCCCCAAAAGUCCCCCACAUGGAUAGUAAAACAAGGAAAAUUCUCCCUCGUGGGGACAUUUCCCAGGUCUCCCUUGAGGACAAAGGCUACUUUAGGCUUAGGGGUUGGCUUUAGGGUUAGAAUUGGGGUUAGGGUUUAAGGUUAGGGUUAUGUGUGUGUGUGAUCUAACCUGUGGUUGUUGUAUUACCAGGUGUGCUCAGCUAGAGAGAGCUCUGUCUGAAGCCAGCAGCCGUAUCCAGGAGCUGGAGAACAAGAACUCCAUCCUGGAGAAACAAAUGGUAAGAUACCGUUUCUACCCCUAGAGGUGUGUGUCUGUGUGUGUGUCUGUGUGUGUAACAAGCUCUACUGUCUCUGACAGACUGACUGGCCGGAGCGUUACAACACAGCCUGCUCCACGGCAACGUCCCUGCAGCAGCGAUUGGACGAAAGCAGGCGGUCAGGCAGGGAGAAGGACACCUCGGCCGGCCGCCUCAGGACCCGGGUCCGGCAGCUAGAGGAGGCCUUGGAGAACGCCUGCAGAGAAACAGAAGAGAAGGAGGCCAGGAGGGAGAGGGAGUACAAGAUGCUGCAGGACGUGAGUUCUGAACUUAUACUAGACUAGUCAAGUAAACCAACCAAAUCUCUGGUCUCUGCCCCUCUGGGAAAGACUCCUUUCUAGGUGUUGGUAGUUUGAGAGAUCUCCUGGAGAACUGUACCUCUGUGUUUACUAUAACAGCCAGUCUUUUAUCUGAGCAGCUUAUUUAUUACCUGCUGAUGUGUGCAGGGGGCCUUGUAAUAGGCUAUUUGGCUGUAGCUCAAGGGUUUAAUAGACACACUCGUGUGUGUGUGUGUGUGUGUGUGUGUGUGUGUGUGUGUGUGUGUGUGUGUGUGUGUGUGUGUGUGUGUGUGUGUGUGUGUGUGUGUGUGUGUGUGUGUGUGUGUGUGUGUGUGUGUGUGUGUGUGUGUGUGUGUGUGUGUGUGUGUGUGUGUGUUUUUGCCUCCUCAGCUUCUGGGGGAGUAUGACUCUCUGAGGAAAGACCACGAGGGGGUGAAGGUAACUGAUCAAUGAUCUAUUCUAUUAUUAUAAACUGGGUGGUUCGAGCCCUGAAUGCUGAUUGGCUGAAAGCGGUGGUAUAUCAGACCGUAUACCAUGGGUAUGACAAAACAUUUAUUUGUACUGCUCUAAUUACGUUGGUAACCAGUUUUAUAAUUGCAGUAAGGCACCUCAGGGUUUGUGGUAUAUGGCCAUAUACCACACCUCCUCGGGCCUUAUUGCUUAAGGAUAGUCUAUUGUUUGUUUCUGUGUUAUUCCACCUCGAGAAGAACAGGUGACACGUUCUACUGGUACUAAUAUUUGAACCUUUUUUCUCUGUCAACAGGACAACCUGGUGUCAACAGAGAACAAGCUGUUUGAUGCCAACGAGCAGAUCUCUGAACUAAAAAGGUAACAUCAAGCAUCCAACACCAAGACCUGCAGGGAUACCUUCUUUUUCUUGUCUAUGAAAGCCAACAUCUACAGGAUAGAUAAGCUAGAUGAAUCAUGACAGAGUUGUGGAAUUUGUCCAUAUCUGACAUCAGUUGUUGAGUUACCAGAGUGACAUAAAGAAGGAUCCUCUAUGGCUAAGAGCUAGUUCUUCUCUUGGUGACUGUCUAUUUUGGCAACCAAAGAAUAGACCAGACCUGCAUGUAUCGUGUGCCGGCUUUUCUUUCUUUAUUGUCAUUUUCUUUGGGCCAGCACCGGUGGAGAGAUAUAAGAUGUCUAUCCUAUCACCUACACACUCUUCCCUGUCUGUCUGUGACCCUCUCCUCCUCAGGGUGACCUGUAACAGCCUUCCCUCUAUCUAUCUGUCUGUGACCCUCUCCUCCUCAGGGUGACCUGUAACAGUCUUCCCUCUAUCUAUCUGUCUGUGACCCUCUCCUCCUCAGGGUGACCUGUAACAGUCUUCCCUCUAUCUGUCUGUCUGUGACCCUCUCCUCCUUAGGGUGACCUGUAACAGUCUUCCCCGUCUGUCUGUGACCCUCUCCUCCUCAGGGUGACCUGUAACAGUCUUCCCUCUAUCUGUCUGUCUGUGACCCUCUCCUCCUUAGGGUGACCUGUAACAGUCUUCCCUCGAUCUGUCUUCUGUGACCCUCUCCUCCUCAGGGUGACCUGUAACAGUCUUCCCUCUAUCUAUCUGUCUGUGACCCUCUCCUCCUCAGGGGUGACCUGUAACAGUCUUCCCUCUAUACGAUCUGUCUGUGACCCCUCCUCCUCAGGGUGACCUGUAAGCAUCUUCCCUCUAUCGUAUCCUGUCUGGACCCUCUCCUCCUCAGGGUGACCUGUAACAGCUUCCCUCUAUCUAUCUGUCUGUGACCCUCUCCUCCUCAGGGUGACCUGUAACAGCCUUCCCCUCUAUCUAUCUGUCUGUGACCCUCUCCUCCUCAGGGUGACCUGUAACAGUCUUCCCUCUAUCUAUCUGUCUGUGACCCUCUCCUCCUCAGGGUGAUCUGUAACAGUCUUCCCUCUAUCUGUCUGUCUGUGACCUCUCCUCCUCAGGGUGACCUGUAACAGCCUUCCCUCUAUCUAUCUGUCUGUGACCCUCUCCUCCUCAGGGUGACCUGUAACAUCCUUCCCUCUAUCUAUCUGUCUGUGACCCUCUCCUCCUCAUGGUGACCUGUAACAUCUUCCCCUAUCUGUCCUGUCUGUGACCCUCUCCUCCUCCGGGGUGACCUGUAAACAGUCUUCCCUCUAUCUAUCCUCUGUUACCCCUCUCCUCCUCAGGGUGACCUUAACAGUCCCCCCGUCUGUCUGUGACCCUCUCCUCCUCAGGGUGACCUGUAAAAGCCUUCCCUCUAUCUAUCUGUCUGUGACCCUCUCCUCCUCAGGGUGACCUUAACAGUCUUCCCUCUAUCUAUCUGUCCCGUGACCCUCUCCCCUCCUCCUCAGGGUGACCUGUAACAGUCUUCCCUCUAUCUGUCUGUCUGUGACCCUCUCCUCCUCAGGUGACCUUAACCCGUCUUCCCUCUAUCUAUCUGUCUGUGACCCUCUCCUCCUCAGGGUGACCUGAACAGUCUUCCCUCUAUCUGUCUGUCUGUGACCCUCUCCCCCCUCAGGGUGACCUGUAACACCUCUUCCUUCUCUAUCUAUCUGUCUGUCUGUGACCCUCUCCCUCCUCAGGUGACCUGUAACAGUCUUCCCUCUAUCUGUCUGUCUGUGACCCUCUCCUCCUUAGGGGACCUGUAACAGUCUUCUUUCCCCCUCUGUCUGUGACCCUCUCCUUUCCCCAGGGGGCCUGUAACAGUCUUCCCCUCUAUCUGUCCUGUCUGUGACCCUCCUCCUCCUUAGGGUGACCUGGGGAACAGUCUUUCCCCGUCCCGUCCCGUGACCCUCUCCUCCUCAGGGUGACCUGUAAAAAAAUCCUCCCUCUAUCUAAACUGUCUGUGAAACCCUCUCCUCCUCAGGGUGACCCCGUAGCAGUCUUCCCCUCUAUCUAUCUGUCUGUGACCCUCUCCUCCUCAGGGUGACCUGUAACAGUCUUCCCUCUAUCUAUCUGUCUGUGACCCUCUCCCCCCUCAGGUGACCUGUAACAGCCUUCCCUCUAUCUAUCUGUCUGUGACCCUCUCCUCCUCAGGGUGAUAUGUAACAGUCUUCCCUCUUCUGUCUGUCUGUGACCCCCUCCUCCUCAGGGUGACCUGUAACAGCCUUCCCUCUAUCUAUCUGUCUGUGACCCUCUCCUCCUCAGGGUGACCUGUAACAGCCUUCCCUCUAUCUAUCUGUCUGUGACCCUCUCCUCCUCAGGGUGACCUGUAACAGUCUUCCCUCUAUCUAUCUGUCUGUGACCCUCUCCUCCUCAGGGUGAUCUGUAACAGUCUUCCCUCUAUCUGUCUGUCUGUGACCCUCUCCUCCUCAGGGUGACCUGUAACAGUCUUCCCUCUAUCUAUCCGUCUGUGACCCUCUCCUCCUCAGGGUGACCUGUAACAGUCUUCCCCGUCUGUCUGUGACCCUCUCCUCCUCAGGGUGAUCUGUAACAGUCUUCCCUCUAUCUGUCUGUCUGUGACCCUCUCCUCCUCAGGGUGACCUGUAAGUCUUCCCCGUCUGUCUGUGACCCUCUCCUCCUCAGGGUGACCUGUAACAUUCUUCCCUCUAUCUGUGCGUCUGUGACCCUCUCCUCCUCAGGGUGACCUGUAACAGUCUUCUCUCUAUCUGUGCGUCUGUGACCCUCUCCUCCUCAGGGUGACCUGUAACAGUCUUCUCUCUAUCUGUGCGUCUGUGACCCUCUCCUCCUCAGGGUGACCUGUAACAGUCUUCCCUCUAUCUAUCUGUCUGUGACCCUCUCCUCCUCAGGGUGACCUGUAACAGUCUUCUCUCUAUCUGUCUGUCUGUGACCCUCUCCUCCUCAGGGUGAUCUGUAACAGUCUUCCCUCUAUCUGUCUGUCUGUGACCCUCUCCUCCUCAGGGUGACCUGUAAGUCUUCCCCGUCUGUCUGUGACCCUCUCCUCCUCAGGGUGACCUGUAACAUUCUUCCCUCUAUCUGUGCGUCUGUGACCCUCUCCUCCUCAGGGUGACCUGUAACAGUCUUCUCUCUAUCUGUGCGUCUGUGACCCUCUCCUCCUCAGGGUGACCUGUAACAGCCUUCCCUCUAUCUAUCUGUCUGUGACCCUCUCCUCCUCAGGGUGACCUGUAACAGUCUUCCCUCUAUCUAUCUGUCUGUGACCCUCUCCUCCUCAGGGUGACCUGUAGCAGUCUUCCCUCUAUCUAUCUGUCUGUGACCCUCUCCUCCUCAGGGUGACCUGUAACAGUCUUCUCUCUAUCUGUGCGUCUGUGACCCUCUCCUCCUCAGGGUGACCUGUAACAGUCUUCUCUCUAUCUGUCUGUCUGUGACCCUCUCCUCCUCAGGGUGACCUGUAACAGUCUUCUCUCUAUCUGUCUGUCUGUGACCCUCUCCUCCUCAGGGUGACCUGUAACAGUCUUCUCUCUAUCUGUCUGUCUGUGACCCUCUCCUCCUCAGGGUGAUCUGUAAGAUGGAGAGCCAGGUGAAUCAACUGGAUUAUGUGAACCAGGCCAGGAAUCGCCAGGACGCCCACAACCACACACAGCCCUCUGGAGCCGGGUAAGGUCUCCUCAACUCAUGCAUCCAUGUUGUGCUUCCAUUAGGUCCCAAAGCAGGUCUGACAGUAGCUGUUGUUACUGUUGUUAACCCUCUCCAGUCUGUCUGUCUGACAGUAGCUGUUGUUACUGUUGUUAACCCUCUCCUGUCUGUCUGUCUGACAGUAGCUGUUGUUACUGUUGUUAACCCUCUCCCGUCUGUCUGUCUGACAGUAGCUGUUUUUACUGUUAUCCCUCUCCAGUCUGUACCACCAUCCGGACCUGCUGCUGUCCCCCAGCAAACAUCCUCGGCAACCAGAAUCCACAUAUAGGAUGUCUCCUUGCCCUCAAACAGACCAAUCACACAGCACCAGGAAUUCUCCCUGUCCUCAAACUGACCAAUCACACAGCACCAAGAAGUCUCCUCGUCCUCAAACUGACCAAUCGCAGAGUUAUAGGAUGGCUCCUUGCCCUCAGACUGACCAAUUGGGCAGCUACAGGAAGACUCCCUGUCCUCAAACUGACCAAUCAGGCAACUCGGGCCACAUUACAGACCACACUGGCAGCAGGAGGUGUGGUUGCAGUGUUAACUUUGGAAUACCUCCUCUUAAUCCCUUUCCCCCUUGAUUUAAGCAUGAUUCAAAAGCUGACCAGUUGAAUUCACCCUUUUCCUGUUUUGUCCUGUAGGUGUUCGUCCCUUCCAGAGCGUGAGCAGCCCCAGAACCAGGGUGGGGGUGUGAAGGAGGCUCGGGGGCCUCUGACCCCACUGAUGAGGUCCCUGAUAGAGCUUGAGGAGACCAGGACCACUGAGGGCCGGGCCCCCUGUAAGACCAGCCACAGUACCACUGACUCACUUUCACUGGCCUCCUGUAAAACACAGUCCUCAUCUCACAGUAGGCCUUCCACUCACUUACUAACUCAUGUCACUCUCCACUCAAUCCUUAGUGCUGGGCUGGAACACUGGCCUUCAGCAUGACUUAUUAAUUGGCUCCAGUCUUACAGUUUCUGCUAACGCUAGCUUUUACCAGGGAGGUUGUAUUUCCCCUGACCUCAGCCGUUUGGAUAUAUAUGUGUUUUUCAUUUAGUCUGACACCAGCAUUUUAAGAUUUUCUGUCUCGUGAAAAUGUAGUGAUUUGCAAACAGACAUGAUCUUGGCAGUUCUAAGAAACUUAGCAGCUCUAAGUUGAAACAACGUGUUUGAUUCUCUACUCUGAAGUCUUUUGACCGUUCGUGUGUCUUUCAAUGUGGUUCACUGAAUGGAUGUGUUUGUGGGAGUGUUUUUCUCUCAUUUCUCUCGUUUGUCUCUAUGUAUCUGUCUGUGUUGCAGGGUUGGGCAGCCGGAGGCCUACUGUUGGCUUCAUAGAGAGAAACCACAGAGAACCUCAAACACAGGACCGGGACACGGCUAUGGAGGGUGUGGCUUCUCCUGGAAGGCGUGUGGCUGGCCUAGAGACAGGAAUGUCCGGGACAGUCAGGGGUGUGUCUCUGCUGAGAGCCCAGAGAAGUUUGUCUCCAGAAGGCCACAGGUCCUCCUCUCUGCCCCCCCGCGCCCAGAGGGCCACCUUCCCCCCGACUACACCCAGUACGUCAUGUCUUUUUUUCUCUUCACUCCUUUAUCGGGAUUGGGUUAAAUGCGGAAGAAACAUUUCGGUUCAAUGCAUUCAGUUGCGCAACUGACUAGGUAUCCCCCUUACCCUUCCUUGUGUAUCUCAAUACUCUAUUACCUAAAGUGUACUAUUGUGUAUGUGGUGGCUAGUUCGUUGUUUUAUGUGAUUUCACUAAUCUAGUGUUAUUUUGUUCUAGCUAAGAGGGAGACCCUAAUGAUGCCUCUGUCAGCUAAGUCCAGCCCCAAACGUUGUCCUGCAGAGAACUACUCCACUGCCUUCGGCAACCCACCACCAAGACAACAGCUACACAACAGGUAAGGGUUUAGUACCCACGGAUUACAGGACCAUUCCUUAGCUGAAUCUUUGCACCCUUGGUUAAUAUUCUUACUGUUUAUUAUGUGUGUUUUCGCUCCAACUACAGCUACAGUAUUUGAUGUGUUGAGCCUCAGAGUUCAGGGUUGUGAUUGUCUGUUUCAGGUUUGACGUGGCGUUAGACCAGAGACGCCAUUCCUUCCACAACUCCAGCCCCAGGAAGAGACUGUUCCCAGAAGGUACCAUUAACAACGUUGUUUUUGACUUACCUCCCUGACUCCUGGUUAGUGUGUUCAGUUGAAUAGUUCCCUAACACUACUACCCUCUUUCUCUCUCCUGCAGCCCCCCAGCGGUCAUCUGGUGGCUCAGUGGAGUCCUCAGGCAGUUUUGACCCCCAGGAGGGUGUCUUUGGGCUGGGCUGGCAAGAGCAAGGGGCUGGGGGGUCAUGCUCAGACCUCCAGGACCCAGGGACUGACCUCCAGACCAGGCUCCACUCCCUGGCCGACGCUGAGAGGAUGUUAGAUGAGCUCACUAUGGAGAAACAACAGGUGAGACAGACUGUUAAAAGGUUCUUAUAGACACACGAUACACUAUGACAGGGACAGGCCACUCACUAGCAACGUACAAUAUCCACAAGACCAAACAUGCCUUUUACUCAUAUCUAAACCCCUACCCCUAGACACCUGGAGAUCUGGAAAGAUUGGAUGGCAAUAAGCAAUGUAGUGUUAUCGGCCUACCAGAGCAAUAUUACCAUAUAGUAAAUAUACAUCCAAACCCUUUGAAGUCUACAGGGAGUUCCCAGGGACAGGAGCUAAGAGUUGAGUUUGGGUAACGUUGAUUCUAGUUUUGCACUGCUUCAUAUUCUAUUAAUGGUGUAUAUCUAUCAAUGACGGAGGCAUUCCUUCUAAUCUCUGUUCCGCCUGUUAUAUAACCUGGCUUUAUGGUUUUACAACCACUCCACUCUUAUUGACUUCUAUUUAUAGCUGGGUUCAUAUAUCCCCCUGCCCUGUCCUGCUCUGCUCUGUCCUCUCCUGCUCUGUUUUGAUUGAGGGGUGCUAACCCCGUUACCCUUCAGCAAGCUUACGUACACUCCUGCGUCUGCACAGCGCAACACACACACACACACACACACACACACACACACACACACACACACACACACACACACACACACACACACACACUCUGCAGGGCGGCCUGCCUGCCUGGUUAAUCUGAUUCAUCUGAGUGCUAUGAAAUGUGUUGAUGCGUUGGUUAGUUUCUAUAUUUAUUUAUUAAUGUAUUAAUUUGUGUAUGUUUUGUGCAGAUUGAGUCAGCGUUGAGCCGGAUGCCUGGAUCUGGUGGGAGGGUGAGCCUGCAGACCAGGUUAGAUGAGGUAAAAUCACAGUCACCAAACCUGCUAGGCCUCAUUACAUAUCAGUGAAAACCAUGACUGGGUUGAAAAUUCAUAGUUUUGUUGUCAUGAACAUGUUUGUUUGUUUGUUUGAUGAAGUAGACUCUUGUAUGGCAAUUGAAUAGUGUUUUAAAUUGAACACAACAUAGAUGGGAUAUCACUUAAAAACAGAGAUCUUUGUGUACAGUAUGUGUGAAUGUUUGCUGUUCCAGCUAAAUGACUGUUCCUCUACUCCCCAGGUGGCCUUAGAGAACCGUCUAGAGAGA